AUGGAUAAUGACACAUCUGAGUUUCUUCUCUGGGAAUUCUCAAAGAUUAGGGAGAUACAGGUCAUGCACAUAGCUUUACUACUGACCCUGUUUUUAAUGACGGUAACAGGGAACCUUGUCAUCAUCUCUGCUGUUGUUUCUGACCACCACCUUCACACCCCCAUGUACUUCUUCCUGAUGAAUUUAGCCAUGCAAGACAUUGGUUCAGUUUCAGUCUUUCUUCCCAAAACUAUUUUUAAUUCACUUAUGAAUAUAAGGACUAUUUCUCAUUCUGAAUGUAUUACUCAAGUCCUGUUGUUUGUCUUUUUCCUGGGUUCUGAUAUUCCCCUCCUUACUGUAAUGGCCUAUGAUCGGUAUAUUGCCAUUUGUAGUCCUUUACAGUAUGAAAUGAUAAUGAACAGGAAGGCUUGCAUAAAAAUGAUGGGUAGCGUAUGGACUGCCAGCCUUCUCAAUGCUUCAUUACACACUAUUGUCACUUUUAUUACUCCUUUCUGCUCUAAUGUUAUCAACCAAUUCUUCUGUGAAAUCCCAUAUCUACUUAAGAUGGCCUGUUCUGAUUUAUAUGUAACUGAAAUUGGAGUUCUAAUCUUCAGUGCUAUAUUAGCAUUUGGUUGUUUUGCCUUUGUCAUUCUCACUUACGUGCACAUCUUCUCUGCUAUACUGAGAAUCCCUUCGGCCCAAGGAAGGGAAAAGGCCUUCUCUACUUGCCUGCCACACCUCAUUGUCUUCUCCAUAUUCACGUUUACUGGUUGCUUUGGUUACCUAAAGCCUGUAGCUGACAGUCCAUCAUACUUUGACUUCAUUAUAACAAUAUUGUAUUCCAUUAUUCCGCCUGUGUUGAAUCCAUUAAUCUACGGCAUGAGAAACAAAGACAUCAAAACUUCUCUUUCACGACUUUUUGGUCAGAAGUUAUUGCUUUUGAAGGAGAAUAAGCUCUGUGUCCUCCUAUUUUUGUAUUUCAACAGGAAAGUAAAAAAGCAGACAUAG